GCCCUGCGUCACCGGCGUGACGUCAGUAGGAGAACGUCAUAAUCCCGCCCAGCAAGCUGCCGCUCGCAGCCGAAGAGGGUGCGAAAAAUAUUACGUGCUUAUAUUAUCCGACGGGGUUCGGGUCGCCUUGUUCCGUGUCCGGUGGGAUUAGUGGCCGCCUGACCGACUCUGACAGAGGGCGGGAGUGGGAAAACGUCAAUUAAAGCUGAAUUUCUGUGGAACGCAUGGUGCAGUAUUGGUGAACAGUCAUUGUUUCGAUCAAAACGAGACCCCCUUUGGUCCUUGGUUGGUAGGAUUUAUUAAGCCGUGCAGUUCAGUGAUCAUUCUCAACUGAGGCCUCGCCUAGAUCUGGAAAUUCUUAAUUGCCCUUUAUAUCUGCGAUAUCCAUUUUGUGUCACCACUGGCUGUUGUUGAAACACAUUACUUUCUGUACCAAAGAAAUGGUGAUGGAGAAGCCAAGUCCCCUGCUUGUAGGGCGGGAGUUUGUGAGACAGUACUACACACUUUUAAAUAAAGCACCAGACUUUUUGCACAGGUUUUAUGGAAGAAAUUCUUCUUAUGUACAUGGAGGGCUGGAUGCCAAUGGAAAGCCACAAGAAGCAGUUUAUGGCCAGGCUGAAAUUCAUAAGAAGGUGAUGUCUCUUCAGUUCAGUGAAUGUCGUACCAAAAUCCGGCAUGUAGAUGCACAUGCUACACUGAGUGAUGGUGUUGUGGUUCAAGUCAUGGGGGAACUUUCCAAUAAUGGACAGCCAAUGAGAAAAUUUAUGCAGACAUUUGUCCUUGCUCCAGAAGGUUCCGUUCCAAACAAAUUCUAUGUGCAUAAUGACAUCUUUCGCUAUGAAGAUGAAGUGUUUGGUGAUUCCGAAGCAGAGAUGGAUGAAGAUGUUUCUGUUAUAGAGUCUGAAGAGGAAGUUGAGGAAGAACAGGAGGAAAGGCAGCCUUCUCCUGAACCAGUGCAAGAGAACGCCAGCAAUACCUACUAUGAGCCUCACCCUGUUUCCAAUGGAGUGGAGGAGCCUUUAGAGGAGCCAAUUACUGAACCCGAACCAGAACCCGAGCCAGAAACAAAGAAUGAGGACAUAAAGCCAGAGACAGAAGAAAAAGUGCAAGAGGAGUUGGAAGAAAAAUCACCAACCCCGCCUCCUGCUGAGCCUACUGUUCUACCACAAGAACCACCCAAGGCUUUCUCCUGGGCAUCAGUGACCAGUAAAAACCUGCCUCCCAGUGGUACUGUGCCAGCAUCAGGAAUACCACCCCAUGUAAUUAAAGCUCCAGCCUCACAGGCAAGAGUGGAUGUUAAACCAGAAGCUCCAGUGCAUUCUCCCCGUGUAAGAGAACAGCGUCCACGGGAAAGACCAACAUUUCAACCAAGAGGGCCAAGGGCAGGUCGAAGUGACAAUGAACAGGCCGAGUCUGAUAAUCGCCGUAUGUACCGUUACCCUGACAGUCACCAACUGUUUGUUGGAAAUUUGCCUCAUGAUAUUGAUGAAAGUGAACUGAAAGAGUUCUUUAUGAGUUAUGGAAAUGUGAUGGAGCUCCGUAUUAAUACCAAAGGUGUUGGAGGAAAACUACCAAACUUUGGCUUUGUUGUGUUUGAUGACUCUGAGCCGGUUCAGCGAAUUCUGCUUUCAAAACCUGUUAUGUUUCGUGGAGAAGUACGGUUGAAUGUAGAAGAGAAGAAAACAAGGGCUGCAAGAGAAAGGGAGACCCGUGGUGGAGAUGACCGCAGAGAUAUACGACGCAAUGAUAGGGGAACAGGAGGGCCUCGUGGAGUCAUCAGUGGUGGAAUGAUUCGCGACCGGGAUGGGCGGGGCCCGCCACCUCGAGGAGGAAUGGUCCAAAAGCUUGGCAGCGGACGAGGAGGAGCACCACCUGUAGAGGGUCGUUUCUCUGGCCAGCGCCGCUGAGUUAUCACUAUUAACAUCCAGUGAAGCCUACAGUGGUACCUUAUUCAUUGUGUUUGCAUUCUUGUUCAUUUUUUUUAGCUUUGGAAUGUGACACAGCCUUUUUUUUCUCUUCCCCAUGAUUUCUUUGAUGUGAGAAAAGCAUCUUUUUGUUACCAGUUUCAAUUGAGGUGAACUUUCUUUUUUUUCCAGUUUCUCAACAGGAUUUAAACUGUUAAUUUAUACAUCCCAACUUUGGAAAUUUGAGAACAGAGAUAACUUAGCGCUGCAAGUAUUCACAUGGGCAUUGCAAGGCAACGUCCUAGUAAAAUUCUCAACAAGCCCUCUGCUGCACAUUUCAAGUAUUAGAGUUUCUUCAUUGGAGACAAGAGUAGUGCAACGUAUGCCUCUUCCUGCACAAAAUAACAAGUGCUUAUGCACUCAUCUAAAAUGCACUGUCUGCGUCCCAUUACGCAGUUAAAAGAAUCUUAGAAAAUAGCUCAUAAACAUGAGGACGUUCUAAUUGUAUUUGGUUUGCACACGUAUGCCACAAAACUGAGGGUAGGCAAACCAUUGUAGAAGUAAAUUCUUCAAACCUCAUUAGUUGUGAACUUAAUAGUGUGAAUUUGAUUCUUCAAAGGGUAUCCUCAUAAGCACUAUUCAAAGUUUUGUACAUGAAGUUUUUUUUUUUUUUCCCCUGCACUUGCCCCACUGACAUGCAGAGAUGGGUGGCUGCUCAAUCUUCAACUCUCCAGACCCACUUUUUCAGUUUUGUACAGUAUAACUUGUACUGAAAUGUCUUUUUAGUUUUCUGGUAAUGUAAUAAGCAUGAUGGUGCCUUCUAUGAAUACAUCAUUCCAGUCCUUGCUGGUGAUUUUGUACAGUGAAUGACUUACUGUGCUGCAAAGCCAAACAGCUUCAAUACAUUUAAGAAUCAUUGAAAAGCCUGCCUAACCAAACUGCAGUAUCUGUAUAUAGGUAGACCUUCAAGUUUUUAUGUUUGCUAUGGUUCGCCUUAUCUACUGUUGGCUGGCAGUUGCCAGUAGUAGGGUACAGUAUGUGAAAAGGAGUCAUGUCUGUGUUUAAAGCCCUACCUGUAAGCCGCAUAGAGCGUACAAAGGGGGCUAUUAACAUGGUGCCCUGCAAAUGUCCAGUUGCACAUAUCUGUUAAAGUUCUGAACCUAGAAGCAGAGGAUUUACUGUAAUGCUCCUAGAAAAGACCAGCAGCUCUAAGUGUCUGCAUUAUACAGUAUUGUACAGGGUUUCAUUACUUAGCUGUGUUUUCCGUUCUGCACAAUUACUGGAAAAACACAUCAUCCAAGGCUUUAGGUGGAAGCCCACAGUUCCCUACAUUUUUUUUUUUCCCCUCAAAUCUGCUACUCUAAAUGCACCAUUUUGGGACUGACCGUCUAGAUCCACACAUUCCAGUAAACUGCAAAUUUAGCAAAGGAUUCUGAGCAGCCUAGUGCAGUAAGAUGAAAUGGUGCCCAGACAAGGGAACAAGUGUGAACACUUAAAGCUGCUCUUAAAGUGCGGAAGACCUCAUUCCGCUGAAAUGGCAAAAAUGCACAUGGACUAACGUGCUGCUUUCGACUUAUGCAACUGUUUGCUGAGCCUCUUUUCAAACUAAUGAUUGUGCACAAAAGUAUUUUCUUUUCCGCUCCACAAGGCUACUUAAGAUUUUGCAUCAGAUAUCUCAUUUCUACCCCUCCACUCCUCUUUCUGUUUUGUCACUUGAGGUCUUCUGUGUUUGAUGGCAAGUCUUGCACUAUUUCAUACAUUUCUGGGACACAGAUUUCUCAUGGUUAUAAUUUUAUAUAUACAUCUAUAUUUUGUGUUAUAAAAGUUUUACAUUUGCAAUCUGUUACCUGAAAGUAUUGUACUUGAAUUCCCUAAGAUACAAGCAAACCUCGGACUGGUUUUUGUCAUUCCACGUUCGUGACGGAAUUGUUUGCCAGCAGUUCUGUUCCUUGGUUUUGUUUUUAUCCCUCCUCCACCCCUUCCUUUUUUUUUUUUUAUCUUUGCUGUUAAACUCUGUAAUGACUGAACUGGGACAAGGCAAAAAUGUAACGUGCCGUUCCAGAGGAGCAGAAGAGCCAUUAAGCUUCCCAGUCGGCUUCAUGUUUCAAACCCUUGAAUAAACAUUAAACAUCCAGAACGUUUACUCGGUGAUUGUUCACCUUACUAUACUGUGUACAUUUAAGUGUUACUGUCUUAAUAUUUCAGUAAAUGUACCUCAUCCAACAUAGUAGCGGUUCCCUUUCAUUAUUCUUCUAAUUGUUGCUUUAUCAUUGCACUUCUAUUCCGACACAAUUGGCACACCAUAUUUAAUUCAGCGUAGAAGACAGUGGUGAAUGGUUUACCAUCUUUGCUGUAAUGUGUUGAACAUUAUAUGCCAAUAGAAUCUAGUACAUUUGUUGCAGAUGAUGGAGUAUUUUGACUUCAGUUUUUUUUUCCAUAUUUGAAUGUGUUCAGACUAAACAUAUAAUAAAAAAAACUACUGAUGUCUA